CAAAGGUUACUGAGCAUGCGAACUACACACAGUGGGGUAUUUUUGUUACGACGUGUUCUAUUGGCUAGAUGGUCGAAAGCCAAUAAUAUUGACCAAUCAGAGAUCAUGUUUUAGACGACGUUUAUAAAGAGUAACAGACGUCAAGAUGGUGCUGGAAAGUACUAUGAUAUGUGUGGACAACAGUGAGUACAUGAGAAAUGGAGACUUCAUACCAACUCGGAUCCAGGCACUUGUGGAUGCUGUCAACAUGGUGUGUCACAGCAAGUCCCGCUCCAACCCUGAGAACAACGUGGGGCUCAUGACUAUGUCUGGCAGAUGUGAGGUCUUGGUCACACUGACCAGUGAUGUCGGGAAGAUCUUGACCAAGAUGCACGCUGUUCAGCCCAAGGGAAACAUUCAUCUCAUGACGGGGAUCAGAGUGGCCCAUCUUGCUCUAAAGCACAGACAAGGGAAGAACCACAAGAUGCGGAUCGUGGUGUUCAUCGGCAGCCCCAUAGAAACAGAUGACAAGGAAUUAGUAAAGCAGGCCAAGAGGCUGAAGAAGGAGAAGGUUUCUGUAGAUAUUAUCAGCUUUGGAGAAGAGGAAACUAACAAUGAGAAGCUGACGUCCUUUAUCAACACCCUGAAUGGUAAGGAGGGCACCAGCUCCCACCUGGUGACAGUACCACCCGGCCCCUCUCUGUCCGACGCCCUGCUCAGCUCACCUGUCAUAGCUGGGGAGGGAGGUGCAGCCAUGGGCUCGCUGGGAUCGGAAGGAAACUUUGACUUUGGAGUGGAUGCAAAUGCUGAUCCUGAGUUAGCUUUGGCCCUGCGAGUGUCCAUGGAAGAGCAGCGUGCUCGGCAGGAGGAGGAGGCUCGGAAAGCGACCAGCGAGUCUACGACUGAGACCGGUGUGACGCCUGCCUCCACAGUUACAGAGGGGGAUAGUGAGGAGGCCAUGUUGGAACGUGCCCUGGCAAUGUCCAUGGAGCGUGGUGAGAUGGCAGAGGACACACCCAUGCCAACGGUGGACUUUGACAACAUGACAGAAGAGGAACAGAUUGCCUAUGCCAUGCAGAUGUCACUUCAAAGUGUGCAAACGCCAGAGCUAUCAAAUCUGGCCAACCCUCCCAGUGAGGCUGAGACCGACACCCCAGUUGCCAUGGAGACAGAAUCAGCAUCAGCUCAGGCAGAGGAAGAGGAUGACUAUGAUGAUGUGAUGAGAGACCCCGCCUUCCUCCAGUCUGUACUGGAGAACUUACCCGGAGUCGACCCCAACUCUGAAGCCAUCCGCACAGCAGUGGACUCACUCCGACAGCAGGCCAAGGAUGAUGACAAGAAGGAUGACAAAGACAAGAAGGGGAAGAAGUGAUUCCUCAUAGGCUAGGAUUUAGUUUUGGAUGUAGAAUUUCCUCAAGCAGAUUUUGUAGUAGACACUCCUUGCACAUUCAUGAUGGUCAAGUAACUUUCAGGUAGUUCCGAUCCUACCUUUUCAUGGUUGGUGCUUGUAGUCAGAGAAAAAGUUUCUUUAGACUCAAUUUCCAAGGAUUGACACAAGGGUAUUUUUUGGUUCAAUGACAAUGACAAUAAGAGUAACAUUGCCAUUAUGGUGAACAGCUGAUAACACACAAGCAUUGCUGCAUAAUGAAACAUAACAAGAUUCUAUUAUGGAAAUACAUUUCAUAUUCAUAUUUCUCAGUUGAAGAGUGGUAAGGAUUGUUAUUUCAUCCUACAAACAUUUCAUGUACUUGCCAAGUAACAGUAUGUUACAUAUUAAAUACGUGAUUGAUAGAAAUACACAUUAAAAACUAAGAUUCAAGUAUAUUGCUUACACUGUUUGUGUUUUCAACUGGGUAUAUGAGAUGCUCUUUCAGCAGACAAUUAUAAAGAUGACAUGAGAGAAAA